AUGUUCUUCUUGGAAAUGCUUGGGAUGGUAGUGUCCUUCCUGGUGGCCUUGGAUACGUGUUGGGCACGGCGGAAGGGGAUGCUCAUGCUCGGUCUCGGGAAGCCGCAGGCGUUGAAGCGGCCGGGCAUGCCGGGCUCGCAGAGUUCGCAAAGCCCGAGGUUUUCUUUGAAGAGCAUGGUGUGGGCCAUGAUGCUUGGCGGGUCCGUGACCCUGAGACUGGUCUGCGCUUUGCAGCUCAGUGAGUUCCACGCGACUGUGGGAAGUACUCUUGCGGCAAGCUGCUGGGUUUCGGCUUGGAGCUCCUUGCUGUCCUUCCUUUGUCUAUACCCUUUUCUUCCCAGGGCGACUUGGGAGACCGCAGAGCUUGGGGAGCUUACAGAGCUUGCGACAGUUGUCGGGGCUCUCUCGCUGCCUGCCUUCCUGGCCGUCGCUGCCAUGGACUUGUUUGGCUUGGGAUUUGCGCAGAUGAUGUUGUUGCUAGUCGCUGUUUCGAGUGGUGCCCUCAUGGCGGAUUCUGAAGAAGUUCGGAAGCAGAGUUUAAAGAUCUUGGCGCUGGCUCUUGGAGCCGGUCUGCUGGCAGUAGCGCAUGGUUGGCCAUCAUCGAGGGACGACGUGUCCAAAUACUCUGGGCCCAUAGUCGCGCUGCUGGUUGCUGGCGUGUCUGCUGUCGUGCAAGCCGGUGUACUCGUGGACCAAGCAAUGCCAGCUACAACAGCAAAGGCAUGCGAGCUGUCGUGCCACUUCGCCAGCGCCAUGGCUCACAUGCCCUUCCUGCUGGUGUUCAUCCUUUCCGGGGAUUCCUUCAAGCUGCCGCGAUUGGCAGACGCGCACUUCUGGGUCUUCAUCGCAGCGCAGGGUGUCUUCUACCUGCGCAGCCUUCGGCCGCUCACGAUGGCGUUGGGGCGCGCCUGGCCCCCGGCCAGCACUCUGAGUCUCGUCCUUCUGGGGCAACUCCUGACCACUUUCAUGAUGGACACACUCCUCCAGGAUGCGAUCCCGGCACGGCUGCUGAACGUCUCCAUGGUCCUGUUCGGAGUUCUCUUAACCGGAGGAGGAAAUGAGCAGGCCACCGUAGAGUUCGAGGAGCCCGUUCAGAACACGCUGAACUUCAACUUCGUCGAAUGCAACGGCAAUGCAAAUCAUGCAGUCUAG